AUGUCUUUUUAUUUAUAUAUAAUUAUUUUAUGUCUAAGUAUUAUUUAUACAAAUUCAUCUCAGACAUUAAAACAAUUUCACAAUAAAAAAGAUUUAAAGGAACAUCUACAAAAUUUAAUUAACGUUGAUAAUACAGAAUGGUCAAAAGAUCAAGAAAUAUUUUAUAAUUUUAAAAUGUAUGAUAGUAAUGAUGAUUUUUAUUUGGAUGGAAAAGAAAUAAUUGAUGAAUUUAUUAAUCACAAUCAUAACAUUGAUACAACAGCUCUCCCAACAGAUGAAGCUUUAGAAAUUUUAGUUGAUGAUAUUUUAAAAGAAUCUGACUUAAAUAAUGAUGGUUUAAUAUCAUAUAGUGAAUAUCAUAUUUUAAUGCUUAAAAAAUAA